ACACAAUUGCCAGUUAACUUCAGUUUGGUUUUUCGCGUUGCUCUCCGCAGUGCUUUAGUCGCGAAUUUUGUUCUAGUCUAGUGAUAUUUCAAAUAGAAAUUGAAAUGUUCGGUCGGCAUUUGGCUGUCCUCGGGGCGGUCUGUCUGUGCGUCGUGUUGGCGGCUCCACGACAGGAACCGGAAGUCCUGCCACCGUCUACCUUUGCCGAACCAGAGAACUGGGAAUACAGAUUGUCAACGCACAUCAAUCCCAUUAACUACAAUAUUACGUUGCGCCCAUAUUUGCUAGAAAGCGAUACGGCUCGCUUUACCUUCGACGGUGAGGUAUUCAUCGAAAUCGAGCCGGUGUCGACAACAAGGAUCGUGUCGUUGCACUCGAGAAACUUGAACUAUACGAAGUCGGAAUACUGGGCGAAACCGGCCACAGGAAGUGUUGCAGCUAAUCCCAUUCAGCUGACAGUUGGACCACACAAUUUGGAGACCGACAUUAAGAACCUGACCACAACAUCGGAUCUGGUGGCCAAUCAGCGCUACAUUUUGCAUUUCGUUUACAAGGGAACGAUGGACGAUGAUAUGCAUGGAUUCUAUCGUAGCUCCUAUGUGAACGACAACAAUGAGACGAAAUGGCUGGGCUCCACACAGUUCCAGACAAAUCAUGCACGUCGGGCCUUCCCCAGCUUCGAUGAGCCGCAGUUUAAGGCCACCUUUGAUGUGAAUCUGAUACGCCCUCGCUCCUACAAUACUGUUAGUAAUACAAGGCUAAUAUCCUCAACGCCUAUGCAGAAUGGCGAAUACUUUUUGGAUGUAUACAAAACCACACCCAAAAUGUCCACCUAUUUGCUGGCCUUCAUUAUCUCGGAGUUCUCCAUCCGCAAAGAUGAGACGUUCGGAGUUUUGGCGCGUCCCGAGUUUUACCCACAGACCCAAUACAGCUUCAACGUGGGUCGCAAGAUUCUUGCCGAGCUGAGCACCUAUCUGGACUUGAACUACUACACGCUAGGCAAUGAUAAAAUGGACAUGGCUGCCAUACCCGAUUUCUCAGCGGGUGCCAUGGAAAACUGGGGCCUGCUGACCUACAGGGAGCGCAGUCUGCUGGUGGAUGAGACCGCCACGACUCUGUCAUCCCGUCAAUCAAUUGCAGCUGUUGUCGCCCACGAGCAGGCUCAUAUGUGGUUCGGUGAUCUGGUCACCUGCAAAUGGUGGAGCUACACCUGGUUGAAUGAGGGCUUUGCCAGGUAUUUCCAAUACUUUGGCACCGCCAUGGUCGAAACGGAGUGGAGCAUGGAUCUGCAGUUUGUGGUCGAUCAGAUUCAGUCGGUCAUGGGCAUGGAUUCGACCAACGCCACCAAUCCCUUGAGCGACGAGAACACAUUCACGCCGGCUCACCUGAGUCGGAUGUUCAAUAGCAUCUCCUACAAUAAGGGCGCAUCCUUUAUUCGUAUGAUUGAGCAUGCAAUGGGCUCGGAUAAUUUCAAGAAAUCUCUGCGGGAGUACCUUAUCAAAUACCAAUAUGAGGCUUCGGUCCCUGAAUACUUGUUGAAUGCCUGGCUGGCCAACUGGCCCGCUGAUCGCUUCAAGGCCGAUGCGCAAAAGAUCUUCACGAGCUUCACCACUCAAGUGGGCUAUCCCCUGAUCAAUGCUGAGCUGAGCGCUGAUGGCAAGAGUAUUAAGUUUGCCCAGAAACGCUUCCUCCUUAAGCAAGCUGACGGCGCCGACCCCAAUUUGGUCUACACCGUGCCAAUUACCUACACCACCAGUUUGGAGAAGAACUUUAACGACACCAAGCCGAAGCUGGUGCUAGCCUCCAAUACGCCAGCGACAGUUACCUUGACCAGCGCGGCCACAUGGGUGUUGGCCAACAUCCAGGAGACGGGCUACUAUCGCGUCAACUACACGGAGAGUAACUGGAAUGAAAUCCACAAGGCGCUCAUCAGCACCAACUGGGGUGGCAUCCAUGAGCUGAAUCGCGCUCAGGUGGUUGAUGACUUGCUCAAUUUGGCACGUGCCGGACAUAUCAAGUACGAGCUCACACUGAAGGUGCUCGAGUAUCUGGAAACUGAAAUCAAUUAUAUACCCUGGACAUCGGCAUUCAAUGGCUUCAACUACUUGGCCAUACGCCUGGGCACGGACACCGACCACUUCAGCACAUACAUUCGCCAGCUGACCAACAAGGCCUACAACGAGCUGGGCUUCGAGGAGAGCACCCUGAACACAGCGCUCGAGAUCUACCUGCGCACCAAGGUGCUGUCCUGGAGCUGUCGCUAUGGCAACGUCGAUUGCAUCAACAGGGCCAAGAGCUAUUUCAAGUCGCUCUACACUGUGCCCAAGAACAUUCGCUCCGUGGUCUACUGUGUAUCGCUGCGUGAGGGCGGUGCCACCGAGUUCGAUGCACUCUAUGCGAAAUUCAAGACCGAAAAGGUUGCCACCGAAGAGACUCUGCUGCAGAACUCCUUUGGUUGUGUGAAGCAACAGGCGCUCAUUGAGCGUGUCUUCAAUUUGGUUUUGAGCAAUGAGAUUCGUCGCCAGGACAAGUCCUCAGUGCUGACCACCCUCUACACCGAGAACAACGAGAAUGUGAGCCCCGUCUUCAAGCUGGUCACCGCCAAUGUCGAUGCACUGGCCACAGCCAUGGGCGGCUACUCCUCGGUGGCCACAGUCGUCUCGAACCUUGCGGCUCGCUUCACCGAGCAGUCGCAAUUGGACGACCUGAAGAAGUUCAAUGCCGACAACAGCGCCAAGUUCGGCAGCUCGGCAAGCACACUGAAGGCCGCUGAGACGACCGUCCAGGAGAAUCUAGACUGGGCCGAGACCAGGCUGGGCACCUUCCGCACCUAUCUGGCCAGUCGCAACGGCAGCGCCACGCUGAGCGGCCUAAGCCUGCUCACCCUGCUGCUGGUGGCCCUGGUCACGUUGCUGCGUUAAGACCAAGAUUAGCCCCUUUGCCAUAGAUUGGCAUUGGCGCUGUCGUCCAACUAUUGAAGUAUUUGCACGCCUGUACCGCCUGUGCAGCAGGCCAUAAACCAGCCAGAUAAGAGGGCUUUGAAUACAACUAUGUUGAUUUUAGCUUAUAAUAAAACAA